GGAGGGGACAUCUCCUGCAAGCUCCUCAACUUCCUCAAGCUCUUUGCCAUGUACGCGGCCGCCCUGGUGCUGGUGGUCAUCAGCCUGGACCGGCACGCGGCCAUCCUCCAUCCCUUCUCCCGCGCUCGCCGCCGCAACGGACUGCUGCUCCGCGCCGCCUGGGCCGGCAGCGUGCUCCUGGCUUUGCCCCAGCUUUUCCUUUUCCACCUGCACACUGUCCCGGGAGGGAACUUCACCCAGUGCGUUACUCACGGGAGCUUCCGAGCGCAUUGGGAGGAAACCGUCUACAACAUGUUCACCUUCACCACCCUCUACAUCACCCCCCUGAGCGUCAUGAUCAUUUGCUACAUCCGGAUCAUUUGGGAGAUCAGUAAGCAACUAAAGAUCAAUAAAGGUUUGAUAAGAAAUCAAAACGACCACAUCUCCAGGGCACGCAUGAAGACUCUCAAGAUGACCAUAGUGAUUGUUGCCACCUUCAUCAUCUGCUGGACCCCAUACUACCUCCUGGGCUUGUGGUACUGGUUCCAGCCAGCCAUGAUCCAGAAGAUGCCAGAGUAUGUCAACCACAGCUUCUUUCUCUUUGGCUUGCUGCACACCUGCACCGACCCUGUCAUUUAUGGACUGUACACCCCCUCCUUUCGGGAGGACGUGCAGUUGUGUCUCAGGGGCAUUGAAACAGCCAUUACCAGGCACGAGAGACACAAACCCGUCUCCAUCUCGGAGAAGAACAUCAAGGAUGGUGCUGUAAAUGGUGGGGUGGCAUCAGGGGGCUCCAAUGGGACAACUGUCAACACGGUCUGCUGA